AUGGUGGAAAUCGCCGAAAUGCCGUCCAUAAUCGUUGACGAACCGUCGGCAUGUCCGCAAUGUCCAAAAACGUUCGCAAACGUACGGCUGUUGCAACAACACCAGCAAAUGUUCCAUUCUGAUAAGUCGUUCAUCUGUGAAAUAUGUGGAAAAGCAUUUCGUUUCCGAUCCAAUCUAGCUGAACAUCGAUCUGUUCACACAGCGUUGAAACCUUACGUUUGUAAGUAUUGUGGAAAAAGCAGUCGUCUGAAAGGUAAUCUUACAAAGCACAUUUUGAAACACCAUAAGAAAGAGCAGAACGAACAAAUCGGGAAAGACGAUAUUAUUAUUAAAAAGGUAAACAAAAUGAAAUCUACCGCCUGUAAGAUCGAAAUAUACGUAUUUGAUGGCACUUUAACCGUGAGCUGCGGGUUCUGUGCAAUCCGCGACGGAACUCGUUUAGGUAUGUUAAGGUCGAUAUUGAUAUCACUGGGACUCGACUACAGUCAUUCGUUAGACCUCCGAGACAGUCCGGAGGCGAGCGCUAGCCCCGAAAACGGUGAGAUAACACCUCCUUUUAUCAUGAGAAGAUUCCGGAAAGGGAUUUACUGUCUAGCUACCGAUAUAGUAGUGGAAUACGUGACUGAGUACGGUUCGUCUCUGCACGUUCACAUGACUCUCAAUCAUGGCUUCCCUCCGCCAGAAUCAACCGGCUCAUCCGAGGAGAAGACGAGUGAAUGCGAAGCUACAGCCGACGAUGGCUGUCUACGAACCGAGUUACGAGCGCUGCGUAGCUGCGUCUGUGACCUGAAAUCGCAGAUCUCGGACAUGCGUCAUACUCAGACAACUCCCAAGACUGAACAGAUGCUUUCUGGCAUGGACACUCGAAUUGGACGUCUUGAAAAACAACUGGAAGUGGCGUUGAAUUCCAUAUACACUCUGGUACAACUGACUACUGGCAUGAAUAACAACGUGACGCGCUUUCGAGAGGACGCCGUAGACCAGCUGAAGAGCAUUCGUUCUCACCUGGAUUCCGUAAUGUACUUUACCUUCAUACAGCGACACUCAUAUAGAAGAGCAAAAAUCCCCAGGCAAUAG